GCUACACUUCAUCGUCCCUGGAGGUGACCACCAUCAGUCAGGCGCAGUUCACGCCACUGGCCGAGGCGCUGCACCGGGUGGUCGACGAGCUGAAUCACUCGCUGAACGUCGAGGCGACCUUUGAGGCGGUGGUGCGACAGCUGAAACGGGAGUUCCCCGGCAUGGAGCUGCCCUCUGAUGAGCUGCUGCGUGGAUCGCUCUCCGGUCUGGUGGCAGAGCACAAGCUCGCCUUUGACGCCUCUCGGGGGCUGUACUCGGCUACGAGGCCGCUGCUCACGCCUCACUGGGAUGAACUGGAGCAGCUGACGCUGAUAACUAGUUCGGAAGGCAACCACCACCACCACUUUAAAGGAGGCCCAGAAGAGGAGAUUGAGAUUGAGCUUAAGAGUGGAGGGAAUGGCGGUGAAGCAGCAGCUGAAAACCUGGUCAACCGAUGUGCCACCAGCACUACGAUGGAGGCCACCUCCGAGUACUUCCACCACUUGAAGAGCACUGGGAACAGCAGCAAAAGCGCCACCCUUUCUAGUGCGGGCAACUCGAGCGAUGGAACGCCGCUGGAGCAGUAUAUACGACUGGAAAAUGGUGAUCAGAAGGACGACGGCGGAAAUAAACUCUAUCGACGGAGCUCUAUUUCACUGUCAAACAAUGACAUUGGACAACAACAGGCAGACUCGAAUAGCAAUUUUGAGCUUAGCAAAAAGGGAGCAACAAACUUCAAACGCAGCAAGUCGCUGAGAAUAACGAGCAAACGUUCAACACUUGAGAACGGCGGACAACAACAGCAACAACUGCCAAAAGACUGUACCUGCAGCAGUGAGAUCAUCAUAAAAAGGCAAUCUCUUUUUAGCAAGAUACUAAAGUUUGGGCAGAACAGCAGCAAUGGCAGUGGCAAUCACCUCAAAUCACGCUCUUCCUCGGCCUGUAGCGUGAAGUCGACCCAUUUUGGAUCUCAGUUCCCCGAAGUGACGACGACCACUGAAAUGCUGAACGACACUGAACAACAACAGGAGACGAUGACGACGAAAACUGUAGAGCUGACCUCAGUGGCCACACAGACGGUCAAAUGCGGCUCAGAAGACAUGGUGACGCUGAUUUUGAAGCAGGCUGGAAGACAUGCUCUUGCCAGAAGUAGAUCUUGUGGUGGUGGUGGUCAGAGGUCAGUGGAACGGUAUGCAAAUGAAAACCGCUGCGUGUGCUCGGCAAAACAUCACCACAACAACUACCGAGAAUCAUCUCGCAAUGGCCGGCGAAGUAAUGGCAGCAAUCGAGGCUACCACACCAAGUACUACUUCAUUGGGGAGAAUGAAAACAGCACUACACAAACAACAGAGCUGACUGAGAUGUCACUAAAAUGCCAGUGCAAUCUAGCCGAGCAUCUGUCAUUUGCCGAUUCGAUCGUUUCAAACGGUAGCUACCAUGGUCGUCACAAUCAUCAUCACCAGCAGCAGAAUCACAACCACAAUCACCAGCGCAGUCAUCANGCCGAGCAUCUGUCAUUUGCCGAUUCGAUCGUUUCAAACGGUAGCUACCAUGGUCGUCACAAUCAUCAUCACCAGCAGCAGAAUCACAACCACAAUCACCAGCGCAGUCAUCACCGUAAGCUUCGCAGUGCAUCACUUCGAGCAUCACAGCAACAUCAACACUACCAGCAGCACUAUCGACCGAACGAGUGGCUGAUUGAUUACAACUCGGGUAAUGGAAACAACGGCAACAACAACCACAAUCACAGCCACCAGAACAAUACGACACGCAAGGGCGUCGAGAGGACAAGGGCGCAACGGCAGAUGCAGCUUAGAAAUGGACAUCGAGGCCAACGGUACUACUCAAGUCAGCAGUCUGAGGAUGAGGACGAGGAUGAAGAGGAGGAAGAAGAGGAUGAGGUGGAACAUCGUAAGCAGCAGCAGCAUCACAACGGUGACAGCAGCCAUUCUCAGACGGUGCACUACCCCAAGAUUAAUGGUCACUGGAUGACGACUGACAACGGUGGUCAGCUGCAGCAGCAGCAGCAAUACUGGCCGCUGACAAACGAUGGCGAAGAGAGGCACAACAGCAGCCAUCGAAACGGAGGCAAAAGCAACACCACGACAACGAACCUGCUGAUUAACAAUUCACUAAACCUCAAGAUAGAGAUUGAAACUUCAUCCAGUCGAAUGCCACAGCAGCAGCAGCCGUCGUCGACGGUGUCCAACGGUGCAGGCGCUCACCCCCAAAACCAUCACCAUCUGCAGCAGCAGCAGCAUUUAUCAUCUUCUGAAAGCAGUAGUCAGCAGGCAUCGGCAGCAGCAGUCACCUUCUCCAGGCAACUUCUUCAGCAGGCAAAGAUACUUGAACAGAGCGGCACCUCUGGUCACUACAACGGUCAACAACAACAACAAUUACAACAUUUGCAGCAAAAUCAGCACCAGCAGCAACAGCCAUAUCACCACCAGUUCGCCAAUGACAUUUACAGUGAGCUCACCUUUGACCGACACACCCACCGACUGAGUCAGAUUCAGAGUGUGCAGGGGAAGCAGAGGCAAAGCCUGGCAGCAGCACCAACACCACCAAACCAUCAGUUCCGACCGUUACCAGUGCCACCCUCACUGCCAACAUCGCCUCCUCCUCCUUUCUCAGCUUCUCUGGACUACACUAAUGGCAGCAGCGGCUACAACUCCGACCUCAACUACAGCAACUCCAUCACUGCGCUGAAGGAGCAGAUUGCACGAGCAAAGGCCAACUUCUUCAGUGUGCCACCAUUGCCUUCGAAUGGCACAUUGGCUAACUCUGCUGCCACCACCACGACGUCCACUCGAUGA